AUGCUCGGUUAUGGCUUGGCAGGUAUUGUGCGAAAAUUUGUUGUAUGGCCAGCAGCAAUGAUUUGGCCAGGUGAUCUUGUUUGUUGUGCUCUCUAUCGUGUUUUCCACAAUGAUGCCAAAGAUGAUAAACAAAACUGCGAAAAGAAUAUGGCCACAUCAGAUCGACGGAUGUCUCGUUUCCAUUUUUUCUUGUUAAUUUUUUUCUUGCAAUUUUUAUGGUAUUGGAUUCCCGGUUAUAUUUGUCCUAUUCUAUCCGUUCUCUCCUUGUUCUGCUUAAUCGAUCCGACCAAUAUUGUGCUUUCUCAAGUUACUGGAGUUAACGGACUUGGACUAGGCUCUUUAGAAUUGGAUUGGAAUGCUUGGGUAGCAUUUUUGCAGUCACCCAUCGUUAUUCCUUUCUGGGCUCAAUUGAAUAUUUUUAUCGGAUUUGUCAUUCUUGUAUGGAUUAUUACACCAACUGCUUAUUAUAACAAUUUGUGGAAUUCGAAAGCAAUGCCCAUUGUUUCAAAUCGAGUCUUUACUGUCGAAGGCUAUUAUUAUAAUGUUAAUGCUGUACUUGAUUCUCGCUUGCAUUUAAACGAAACAGCAUAUAAUCUUUAUGGUUCUAAUUUUUUUUCAUGUUCAACUAUUUUCGAUAAUCUGUUUAUUUCAGGUCCACUGCGUAUUACAGCUCUAUUUGCUUUCAAAUAUGGAAUUCAAUUUGCUGCAGUUACUUGCACUCUUGUUUACACUUUUCUUAAUGAUGGUAAUUGA